UGCCAGUCUCUCGCGUUAUACUUGAACAAAUAAAAAAGCUCAUCCCACCUCUUGAUGGGACACUUCACAAGGGCCAGUCUGGACGUGUUGGCGUUCUCGGCGGCGCCCUCGAGUAUACCGGUGCUCCGUAUUUUGCUGCCAUCACUGCGUUGCGAUUCGGAGCAGACCUAUCUCAUGUCAUCUGCGCACCGACCGCAGCAGGCGCCAUCAAGUCCUACUCUCCUGAUCUUAUCGUUCAUCCAAUCCUGAACGAAACAAUGUCAUCAGACAAAGUCAAACCGGAACUGCAAUCUAUCCUCUCUCGCCUCCAUGUGCUCAUCGUCGGUCCAGGUCUUGGACGCGAGCCCUACAUGCAGUCUUACGCAAAGAUGGCCGUAGCCAUGGCGAGAGAACGCGGGAUGUUCAUCGUCCUCGAUGCAGACGGACUCUACAUGGUUGGGCAGGAUAUGUCGAUCAUCAAAGGCUACCGACGUGCAGUCCUCACACCCAACGUCGUCGAAUUCAAACGCCUGAGCGAGCAAGUCGGUGUUGACCCCAACACCCCAAGCGAAUUGCGUGCGUCAUUGGUGUCGAGGAAACUCGGUGGUGUGACUGUCCUGCAGAAAGGUCCCGUUGACAUCAUCUCGACCGACUCCACUGGGGAAGAGGCCGAUCUGGAAGCAAGUCAGCUGAAAGGAGCUGACGCUGAGUUCGAGAAAGCAAAGGAAACGGUGCAUGUCGACGUUCCGGGAGGUCUCAAACGAUGUGGAGGUCAAGGCGAUGUACUGAGUGGGACCGUUGGCACCUUCAUGGCCUGGGGACGGUGUUACGAAGAUGGUGCAUUUGGGGACCAGAAAGUCCCAGCCUCGCGUAUUCCUCUCCUCGCAGCCGUCGGUGGAAGCAUGGUCACCCGAACCUCCAGCCGCAUCGCGUUUUCGAAACACGGCAGAAGCGUGGUCACCGAAGAUAUGCUUCCCGAGAUUGGCAAGGCGUUCACAGAAGUCUUCGGAGACGAUCAACCUGGAGGCAAACUCUAAC